UUUGUAUGUUUAAUAGAGAUGGGGUUUCCCCAUGUUGGCCAGGCUGGUCUUGAACUCCUGACUUCGUGAUCCACCCGCCUCGGCCUUCCAAAGUGCUGGGAUUACAGGCGUGAGCAACUGUGCCUGGCUUGUGCCAGGCUUUGUGGUGCUGAGCCAGGUUUGGUGUUCAUCUCUGUGGUUAACACAACCUGAGGUGUGAAUAAGCCCGGAGCCAGCCUGUGCAGAACUAGAGAGCAGGAGAACUUCCUCUCUGUAGGAAACAGAAUGUACAGGGGCACUCUGUGUCCUGGGGGCCUGAAAGCCAGACCUCAACAGGGAAGAAGGGCACUGAAGCUCAGAGAGGACUUCCCAGUGUACACUAGUGACUAAGCAUCCUCUCUAGGGACUGCUCAGCACAUCAGCUCUCCUCUCCUAGUUUGUGGGAAAGGCUAGUACCCAGAGAAUGCACACAGUCCCAAAGGUAUGCCCAUCGGCAUCAUGCAUGCCUUCAACAGCUUCUGUAAGCAUGGGUCACUGAAUCGACGAGGAUCCCUCCAGGGUAGGAAUGGACACACCAUUUCUCCAUGGCUGUCCCUUGCUUGCCUUGCCAGUUCCUUCUAAGAGCUCACUGCCAUCCCUCCCACUGCCACAAUUGUCUAGAGCCUCUCUGUUCCAAGCAGAGACAUCUCAGAGGGCAGCGCGUUGCCCUCCUCCCUGAGCUGGGCAGCCCGGGGCUGACGGCCAUCCAGGAUGCUGCCUCCUCCCAGGUGGGGGUUGCUUUGCUCAGCAUAAUCCUGAUCAGUGCCUCACCUGCCCCUAGCCACAGGGCCCCACGGAAAUGCUGAGCAGGGCCCCGGGAGGAAAGCGGGUCAGGGAGUGACGCGGGUGAGCUGGGGGAGGGGGGUCACGGUCCGUAUGUGGGUGGGGGGAGUAGGGGGACUUUCAGAGCAGCAGAAAUGGGGAGAGGUCAAACCCUAUUCCUACCCUUAACCCCUGACCUCAGAAACCUCAGCCAGGACCAAACCUCCUUAUCCCCCUCCCAACCCACUGGUCCUCAUGUCCACACCCCAUGAGUGUCGUCCUGUGGAUCCAGGCUGACAGUGUCUCCCCCACUCCAUGGCCUAGCUCCUGAAGCCCCAGGAAGCAAUGAAAGGCCUGUGCCUGGAUGAGAGGGGCUAGAGUCCCAGCAAGAUCAGAUACCUCUCAGGAGUUUGCCCCAAAGAAUCCAGGGCACAUUAAGGCCUCCCCCAGGCCGAGAGACUCUGAAAAUUGGCUCCUGAAUUGAGGCAACCCCAAGAUGGGGGUCCAAGAUGGGGAACCCAGGGAGAGCUCCCCAGACCAAGAGGGAGCCUGAAUACUGAGGGACCCUGAAGAGGGACUCUCAAAGCCAGCAGAGCACGCCUCUGAAAUUGUUUGACCCCUGAUAAGGAGCCCCCACCAGGCCGAAAAACACUCCAGAGAGACUCACGUGCCGGGAGACCUCCCAGGCUGAGGCACCCUGAAAAGCAGAUCUGAACCCUCCCAUCCUUCAAAUGGGAUCUGAAGCCAAUCUGCAGGGGCUUGAAUCCUGACUCUGCCACUUACUAGCUGUGUGACCUUGGGCAACUUACUUAAGCUCUCUGUGUCUCAUUUUCCUCCUUGAAACAAGGAUAAUGGUAGCUACUUCAUAAAGUUUUUUUUUAAUUAUUAUUCUUUUUGAGACCGACCUUCCGGCUCCCGAGUUCAAGUGAUUCUCCUGCCUCAGCCCCCUGAGUAGCUGGAACUACAGGUGCUCGCCACCACGCCCGGCUAAUUUUUGUAUUUUUAGUAGAGGUGGGGUUUCACCGUGUUGGCCAGGCUGGUCUCGAACUCCUGACCUCAGGUGAUCCACCUGCCUUGGCCUUUCACAGUGCUGGGAUUACAGGCCUGAGCCACCGCCCCUGGCCCACAUAAAGUAUUUUGUGAGGAUUAGAUAAUCCACAUAAAACAUUGAGAACCAUUUCUGACACAUAACAGUCAGCGCAUUAUUAUGAUUAUGAGUGAUGGUGACGACGACCAUUAUCUACACUCCAAUUUCAGCAGUUUGGCUCCUAAGGAAAUUUCUCAUUUCCUUCUGUGGACCGUGGGUAUUCGCCUGAUGAUUAUUACUGCUUCUAUCAUUUCCGUGUAUUCCCCAGGGCAAGAUGUACGUGGUGUCUGCAGGGAAGAGCAUGGGCGUGGAGGUGGUGGGACAGACCCCCAGGCUGCACCACACUGGGCAUGACUGUUGGCAGUCCACAGGGUGUCAGGUGGCAUAUGCCACCACCCCGGGGAAGACAUCCUGUGACUUACCUCUGAAAACAUCCCUGUCCCUGAAGUCACCUGGCAAAGAGGGUCAGGCUCGGGAGGUCCUCAGUGGGAGGAGGAGUAGAAACCUGGCCCCAGACUCUUGUGAGCUCCAUUCUGGCUCCCCAGCCAGAACUACCCUGGCGGGUGGAAACAGCUUUUACUGCGUGUGGCUGUCGCAUGUGGUUUUGGAAUUUUCCAACGCCCCCUACGAUUGGCUGCCCCUCCCCUCACACCCUGCCCCAGGCCCAGAUUGGCCACGUGGGGCGCCUGUCAUCCUACUCACUGCACCCCUUUGGGGGUGGGGUGGGGGGUUGUCACUUGGCCACCUGUGUGGUGCGGAGCUUAAACCCCCCAGCCCAGAAGCACUGGGGGAGAACUAGGUGCAGAGCUUCAGGCUGAGGCGCUGCUGAGAGGGCCUCACCCCGCCUCUGCUACCAGCUGCACCCCACUCCUGGACCACCCCCUGCUGAGAAGGACAGGGACCCAAGGCCAGCAGAGCCAAGGCUCAGUCAUGAGAAGUAAGUGAAUGGGGCUACCUGGGGGCGGGAGAGUCUGGACCCCUCCGGAAAGGAGGAUGUCUUGGGAACAGUGUGAGCAAAGCUGAGUGCUCUUCCCUGGCAGGGUGUGUCCCAGUCAAGGUCAAGAUCUGUUGGGAGAUGGGUGGAGCAGCUGGGGAGUCCUGCUGGCCAGGCGGUUCCCUGACAGCAGCGACGCUAAGAGGACUGUUGAGAACUCCUGAGUUCCGAAAAGAACCUCCGAGAGUAUCUGAGCACAAAUUGAAGUGAUCCCUUGCAAAAUCUGUGGGGACAAGUCAUCUGGGAUCCACUACGGGGUUAUCACCUGUGAGGGCUGCAAGGGCUUCUUCCGCCGGAGCCAGCGCUGUAACGCAGCCUACUCCUGCACCCGCCAGCAGAACUGCCCCAUCGACCGCGCCAGCCGAAACCGAUGCCAGCACUGCCGCCUGCAGAAAUGCCUGGCACUGGGCAUGUCCCGAGAUGCUGUCAAGUUCGGCCGCAUGUCCAAGAAGCAGAGGGACAGCCUGCAUGCGGAGGUGCAGAAACAGCUGCAGCAGCAGCAACAGCAGCCAGCUGUCAAGGCCCCUCCAGCAGGGGCCCAAGGAGCAGACACCCUCACCUACACCUUGGGGCUCCCAGACGGGCAGCUGCCCCUGGGCUCCUCGCCUGACCUGCCUGAGGCCUCUGCCUGUCCCCCUGGCCUCCUGAGAGCCUCAGGCUCUGGGCCCUCAUGUUCCAACGACUUGGCCAAGGCAGGGCUCAAUGGGGCCUCAUAUCAUCUUGAAUACAGCCCUGAGCGGGGCAAGGCUGAGGGCAGAGAGAGCUUCUACAGCACAAGCAGCCAGCUGACCCCUGACCUGUGUGGACUUCAUUUUGAGGAACACAGGCAUCCUGGGCAUGGGGAACUGGGACAGGGGCCAGACAGCUACGGCAGCCCCAGUUUCCGCAGCACACCGGAGGCACCCUAUGCCUCCCUGACGGAGAUAGAGCACCUGGUUCAGAGCGUCUGCAAGUCCUACCGGGAGACGUGCCAGCUGCGUCUGGAGGACCUGCUGCGGCAGCGCUCCAGUAUCUUCUCCCGGGAGGAGGUGACUGGCUACCAGAGGAAGUCCAUGUGGGAGAUGUGGGAACGCUGCGCUCACCACCUCACCGAGGCCAUUCAGUACGUGGUGGAGUUCGCCAAGAGGCUCUCGGGCUUUAUGGAGCUCUGCCAGAAUGACCAGAUUGUGCUCCUCAAAGCAGGAGCAAUGGAAGUGGUGCUGGUUAGGAUGUGCCGGGCCUACAAUGCCGACAACCGCACGGUCUUCUUCGAAGGCAAAUACGGUGGCGUGGAGCUGUUCCGAGCCUUGGGCUGCAGCGAGCUCAUCAGCUCCAUCUUUGACUUCUCCCACUCCCUAAGUGCCUUGAGCUUUUCCGAGGACGAGAUUGCCCUCUACACAGCCCUUGUUCUCAUCAAUGCCAACCGGCCAGGGCUCCAAGAGAAAAGGAAAGUAGAACAGCUGCAGUACAACCUGGAGCUGGCCUUUCAUCAUCAUCUCUGCAAGACUCAUCGCCAAAGCAUCCUGGCAAAGCUGCCGCCCAAGGGGAAGCUCCGGAGCCUGUGUAGCCAGCAUGUGGAAAGGCUGCAGAUCUUCCAGCACCUCCACCCCAUCGUGGUCCAAGCCGCUUUCCCCCCACUCUACAAGGAGCUCUUCAGCACUGAAACCGAGUCACCUGUGGGGCUGUCCAAGUGACCUGAAGGAGGGACUCCUUGCCUCUCCCUAUGGCCUGCUGGCCCACCUCCCUGGACCCUGUUCCACCCUCGGCCAAAUUUUCCAUUCCCAUGAACCCUGGAGGGUGGUCCCCAGCAUCUCUUUGAGAGUAAGCAGAUACUGCAGCUGGCUUUCUGUCCACAGGCUGGGGCUGGCACGACACCAUCUCCUGCCUCAGCUUUGACUGUCUUGUUUCCUGUAUUCCUUCACACCCAGCUUCUGGAAGGCGUGGGGUGGCUGGGAUAUAAGGACUUCUGGGGGACCAAGGCAUCCUCAAGAAAGCAGGGGCAUCCAAGGCUCCCUGGAUUGAUAAGAACACAAUUCAUUCAGAAGCUCAGAAGCUAAGAAUAGGCCUUUGAAAUACCUCAUUGCAUUUCCCUCUGGGCUUCGGCUGGGGGAGAUGGAGCAAGCUCAGAGCCUGGCAGUGAGAGCCCAGGAGGACCUGUAUAAAAUGAAUCCGGAGCUUUA